AUGGCAGAGGAAGACAAAAAGCCAAAGAGAGAAUGGGUAGAGGAAGAGGAAGAGGGUGCUCUCUUCCCCUCGGCAGGGGAAAGUCCUCUCUUCGAAGGCCCCGAUAUACUCCCCCCGCACGAAAUCCAGGCUUUGAAAGAGGCGGAGAAGGUAGAAGCAAUCGUGCAAGACGACACGCUCGACGAGCCGGCCAAAAUAGACGCCAUCGCCAAGGUACGGAAUUGGUUCAUCGGCCCUACCGAAACUAUCGACGCUUUUCUUGCCGGUGAUAUCGAUACAGAGACAGCUGUAACUAAGUUGGCUGCGCCUAUCGAGAAGGCGUAUUCGACGGCAGAUUAUGGUAGGGCGUACUAUUAUGCGGAGAUGACGGCGCGGAGUCAAAGGUCGAUUGAUAGCUCGGAGAAGGCGCUUGAGUUGUGGGGUCCCGAAGAAGACUGGCCCGAACCCUCCCUCCCCGCCAACGAAACCGAAACCGACACCGACACCGACACCGACACCUUCAACACAGAAGGACACCUUUGGUCCCUCUGGUACGGGAUCCUGCACGCAGCCAAGCGCAUCCCCUGGACCGACACCGUCGAGCAAGAGCGGCUGCUCGCGCUCGUCCAAGCCCUCAAACAGCGGCCCGAUCCAUCCCCACCCUCGCCAAUGACCAUCCCCCUAAAGCGGAACUGGAUCUGGGAAACCGACACGCUCUGGAGCACGCUCAGCAUGCUAGGCCCCAGCGCGCGCGAGGCCUGGAACGACUGCUGCGGCUGCGGCGCGGGUUGGACAGUCCCCGAGCAACACGCGUGGACGAACGUGAACGCGUUCGUCGCGCGCCUAGUCGCCAGCGGCGCGAGCGGCGCUCUAGCCGUCUACGGCGACUGGGCGGUCGGCGAAGCAGUGGAGAACAGGCCGCGGGAAGAAGGGCCGCCGGCGCGCACGCAGAUGACGGUCAGGAUCACAGUCGCGUGCGUGUGGCUGCAGAUCGCGGGGCGGUACAUGUGGAAUCUGCGCUCGGACGAGGGGGUGUCGCCGGACUUGAGGGUCGCGGAUCUGGGGGCGCGCGAGAACAAGUUGCCGUGGUACGGGCGCAAGAAGGGCGCGGAGCUGGCUAGGCGGUGCUCGGUCAGGUGGGAUUUCUGGCGCAGACGGCUCGAGCAGGAGGCGGAGAAUGGGGAGUUGGGGGAGGAGGUGAGGGAGUUGGCGAGGGGGUCGGCGGAGAUUAUUGGGAAGUUUUUUGAGGGUUAUUGA